UUGAGAAUACAGAAAACAAAUAGAAAAAUAACACCACGGGAAACUGCAGCAUAUGCUGACAGAUGGCCAAACAACAUCUUGCCAAGAAGAAAAAAAGUGCUCCUUUGACAAUUGUUUGAAUUUAUUUUCCCGCAAUUUAAGUACGGUAACAGACGGUCGAUGUGAGACAAGUUUGCAUUGAAUUAAAUUUUAAUUAAAAUCAAAGUAAUUGUUAUAGAAGAACUCGUCUUGAUAUACAAAACUAGAUCAAAUAUGAGUUUUUUUGACACGUAUGAUAAUUUAGAUGAAGAGGUGAAGGAACUUUUACAACAUUACAAACACAAAAAAGCUACAGGCUAUGAACCAUGCACAUUAGAAAACUUCAAACUUCAACUUCUGAGACUUAGUGAGGAGUUUGAUUUACUCAACAUUAAUUAUAUUUUCAAUCCAUACCUUGACAUAAAGGAUAAUACUUUGGAACCUGUUGCUCUGGUGAACCUCAUUAACUCAGUUUGGACAUUGUUGCAUUAUUAUAAGAAUGUGAAUGAGAAGGCAGACAGAUUAGUGGAGCUUGAGCAGAACAAUAAACAAUUAAAUGCUCAUAUCAAAAGACUUAAAGAAAAGAUUAGUUUAGAGAAAAAUGAAGCAAAGGCAUGUGUUGCUUCCGCGCAAAAAAUAGCAGACCGCAGUGAUACGAUGCUGCAGACCCUAACAGAGACACGAGCCAAACUGUUGAAAGUGACCAAACAGAAAGCAGCCAGCGAGAAGAACUUACAGAAUGAAAUAGCAAGACUUAAGUUGCAAAUAGAAAAGUUGAGUGAUAGACUAAGGAAUAAAGACGUAAGUAAACCAUGCAGCGACUUCUGCGACACUACAUUAAUGCGGUUGAAAGAAAGAGAAAAGCAACAGCGGGCGACAAUAGCACACCUUCAGAAAGUCAACCAGGAUCUGCUCCACCAGAUCCUGGACUUAAAGGAAGAUCUUCUGCUGAGUGGACUGAAUGAAGUUAAUAUUAACAAGUAACAACUGACUGUCGGUAUUAUUAUUAUAUUAUUAUAAAUUUUGACACGACUUGAGCUAUAUUCAGCGAUAGUUUCCAAAUGCACAUUAUGUUAGUCUAUACAAAAUUGUGGUAAUGCUAAAAAAAUGUAUGCCGUCCCACAUUACGAUGUCUCAUUAUAACAUAUAAGUUCUUGUCGAUACAAUUUGCAGACGUAAUUUAUGAACAUUUUAUAAAUUAUUUUGGGUGGCAAAAGCGGACAUACUUGAGCUCACGAUUUUUGUCCCAGACGGUGGGUAGGCAGGGUCAUAAUUACUGCACUUACACUUCACCGAGCUUGUAUAUUGAAGGCUGGAGCCGAUCCGAUCUUGACGAAACCUCUCUGGAGAAUUAUUAUUUUAGUACAAUAGCAACAGUCGCUCCAUCUGCGAACAACAUAAACGUAAACAAAUUGCCGUUAUGACAAUCAUAUUUGUGUCCUCUUCACUGAAGUUUUACAUUUUAAUAAGUUAAAUGUGGAAAUUACGUAAUUCUGAAUGAUGUCAUUCGAAACUUGCGUUGUUUGUCAUACCUUACUCCUAUCUUGACGUACUUAAAGUUGAACUACAAUGAAGUCCAAAUGUAGUGAACAAUGAAUGCAAAGAUUGAUGUUUCGGUAAUAUGACUGGUUCAUGAGAACAAAAGCAAUAUAAAGCAUCGAUAAUUGCCUCUCGAUUACGAUUGUACCAUUUUCAACCCUUUUAUAGAGUAGUUAUCGAACACGGAAUUUUGGAAAAAACUUAAAAAAAUAAUAUCAACAUAUUAUUGUAUUGUUUUUCAAUCAGCUUAUUCAUAUAAUGUAUAAUUAGCCCACGAGGUCGUAUAAUAUAUGGGACUAUCAGUUCCAUUUAUAGUUUAUAGUAAUCAAAAUUGUUUCGAACAAUUUCAAAAUUAUCAUGUUUUAAAGCCGUUUUUACUUGUUUUGAAUAUUAACAAACUAAAUUUAUUUUUCUUUUUUUUUACUUAAAAAGGAGUUUCUGUCAAAAAGUGAGUUGAAUAAAAAAAAAUACGAAGCUUUAAAAUCAAACUUAGCGCAGCUUUUAAACAUUUUAUGUUCUAUUAUAGAGACCUAUAAUGAUAAAUACUAGAAAAAUAAACAAAGCUCCCUAUUUUAUUUAGUAUUUUUUAUCAUAGAAGAUUAUUUGGUCUGGUAAUUGCUUUAUCUUAAAAUAAAUCUUAAAUUGCUUAAAACUAUUGCGUUCCAAAUGGAGCCUCAUAGGACAAAAUCUAUUGCUUUUGACCCAAUCUAUAUGCACUUUGCUGGAAUACGUAAUAUUUCAGUCACCCUAUAACUUAUAAUGUGUACUUGCCACUUAUAUGUAACACACACACACAUCAUGAUAAUAUUAUUUUGUUAUUUGUUACGACCGUGUAUUACCACAAAGACUGUACUUAGGUUAAAUAUUCUUUCAUAAAUCACAGAAAAUCCUCAUGUUGUGGUAAAUAUUAUUAAACGACUGCGUGCGUAAUACAAGGGGACAAACCCGCUGACAACUAACCCAAGCGGAAAAAUAUUUUCUAAAGGAAUAGUUUCAUUCAUAACUGCCAGGCCCAAUUCAAAUGCCCAAUUCCCAAUUCAGGACAGGAUAAUAGUAACAAUGCGAUGCGAAAUAGCAUGUACUCAGCCAGUUCAAUACUAUCGAUGUGAACAGUCGAAUGUCUGAUGAAACAAUCAAAGUAAAAUAAUUAUAACUAGUUGGUGUUAAAAUUGUAAUAUUUAUUUAUUCAUAUAGUCAAUUAGUACGGGUGCCUUGUUAUCAAGUAAGAACGGAGGUAUCUUGAACAGGCGACCGUGUUUGAGACUAAUAAUUAUGCUAUUAACCCAAAUAAUUGUUUAACUAAUUCCAGGGCAAAUUUAAAGUUUUUUUUAAAUUAGACCUGCGUUGAGUUUUAGUUUUUGUGGAAAAUGAAUAAGUAGAAAUCUAUACCGUAUUUUUCCAUAUGUAUUAUGUACUUACAUAUUUUAGACAGACUUAAUAUGUAUGGAAAAUUAAUAAUUGAGGUAUUCCACGUAAAAGAGAAAAUCGCGAAAUUUAAACUCUCAUAAGUCACCUCUAGUUAACUACUAAUAACUAACAGCUAAACAUCUAUAUUUUAUUAAUCAUAAUGAAAAUUAAACAGGGAGCAAAAGUCAAAUAAUAAUUUUCAAAUAUUUUUGACUCUUGCCACCAGUCACAAAUUUUAAUAUUGUUUAUUUAUUCUGUCACAGUUAGCACAUUUAUUUUUUAUAAUGUCGAAAGCUCUCAAUACGGACUUUAUUAUACAGAAAUAGACGACAUUAACUUAAAAUAGUUUAAUAUUCGUAUAAUCCUCCUAUUUUUAUCCAUUUUGAAGUAGAAAUUCAGAGAUAAUUUAUAAAAAAUUUAAAUCAAAUUACGGUCUGAAAUUCUAUUGAUUUUUUUGAUUUCUAGAACAGUUAUCUUUACGACUAAAGACCAUUUAAUCAUAAUCAUAAAGGUUCUCAAAAAUUAUAAAUAAAAACAGUAUUAAACAUGUGAUUUUAAAUUUAUUAUAGGUUUUUAAUUCAUAUUUUUAAAGUAUUUGAAUUGUCUGUGAAUUUAAUAUUAUUAUAAGUUUAAUAAAUUUUAAAGUAACAAAUGACAAAAUGUCUUAGAAUUUAAGCUUUUUUGAUAAUGCAUAAGUAACAUAGUAAUCAUAGUUUUGAUGUUGUAAUGGCACCAGUCUUCGGCAUUUUACAAGGUUACAUUUUUUUUUAACAAAUUAAAUGCAGUUUUUUGCGUCAGAAUAAAUUAAUUGAUGAGCGAAAAUAGUAAAGGCUAUUUAUAUCUUGCAGUAAUGUUUAAACAUUCAUAAAAAUCAUUGAACGUAAAUACAAGUUAUAAAAAUUGUUUAAAAACAUCCCUAAUCACCUAUAAUCGACGCUUAUAGUCCAGUAAUGGAUACCUCACUUUUCGACAGUGAUUAAGAAGCAGAGGUAACCAAUUUCCAGAACGUAGAUAGAAUGAUUGCACUGAUACAGAUUUUCAAAUUAGUUGCCUAUACAUUAACAGAGCAAAUGCAAUUAAUAGGCACUUCAAGUAAAUAAUUAGGCACUUACUUAGUAAAAAAAUGUAUAAUUUUUAUACAAUACUUGUAUAAUACCUGUAACAAUACGUAAAAUUAUACAACACGUACAUACGUUAAAAUAUUUUAAUAGUAAUAAUAAAAACCAAAACCUACUUCUUUAAAUCUUUCACUAAGAAAUGUAUUCUUUUCGUGGGAAAACUAAUUAAGCUCAGUUCUCAUCACCGAAUUCUAGAAAAAAUAAACACGAUUUAAUUAAAUGUUUAUAAAAGAAACUUCAGUAACUCUUCCUUUACUUCAAUUUGUCAAGAAGAUAAUGUCGAUCAUUGAUGUCUGUAGAUGACUGGUGCCACUACGUUAUAGUUUGUUAAUUAAUUGGCUGUUUAAAUAUACGUACUUAAUUAUUGUAAUAACAGAUUACUUUUUUUUCUUAAUAAAAUAAAUUUAAAA